UCUUACAAGCACGUCCAAGCCGGAUUUAUAAAAAGAAAAAAGAGCAAGACGUUUUAUGAUGGCAUCUCUUGGCCUUCAGGUUUUGGGCAUUGUCCUAGCUGUGAUUGGAUGGAUUGGAACCAUUGUCAUCUGUGCUCUGCCCAUGUGGAAGGUGACGGCUUUCAUCGGCAGCAACAUUAUAACAUCGGAGGUCGUCUGGGAGGGCCCCUGGAUGACCUGUCUGGUGCAGGGCACCGGGCAGAUGGUGUGCGAUACUUACGACACCGUACUGGGUAUCCCUCAAGAUCUCCAGGCAGGCCAGAUCCUGGUGGUGAUUGCUGUUUUUUUGGCCAUCAUAGGUCUCCCAAUGUCCUUUGCUGGAGGAAAGUUUACUAACUGCAUGGAGGACGAAUCCACCAAAGCCAAGAUCUGCAUUGUCUCAGGCAUCAUCUUCAUCAUUGCUGGAGUCCUCACCAUGGUCCCUAUCUGCUGGACUGCCAACACCGUCAUCAGGGACUUCUACAACCCUUUGAUUCAUGAUGCCCAAAGAAUGGAGCUUGGUGCUUCAUUCAUUCUGAUGGCAUCUGUUGGGAUUCAGAUUCUGGGCAUUGCCCUAGCCAUAAUCGGAUGGAUUGGAACUAUUAUCAUCUGUGCUCUGCCCAUGUGGAAGGUGACGGCUUUCAUCGGCAGCAACAUUGUGACAUCUCAGACCAUCUGGGAGGGACUCUGGAUGAACUGUGUGGUGCAGAGCACCGGGCAGAUGCAGUGCAAGAUCUACGACUCCAUGCUGGCUCUCCCCCAGGAUCUCCAGGCAGCCCGAGCCUUGGUUGUGAUUGCUCUUUUGGUGGCCCUUUUUGCUCUCCUGUUGUCUGUUGUUGGAGGAAAGUGCACCAACUGCGUGGAAGACGAAUCCACCAAAGCCAAGAUCUGCAUUGUCUCAGGCAUCAUCUUCAUCAUUGCUGGAGUCCUCACCAUGAUCCCUGUCUGCUGGUCUGCCAACACCAUCAUCAGGGACUUCUACAACCCUUUGCUCAUUGAUGCCCAAAGAAGGGAGCUUGGCGCUUCAUUGUACAUUGGAUGGGGUGCUGCUGGUCUUCUGAUCCUUGGAGGAGGUCUGCUCUGUUGCAGCUGCCCCCCUCGGGAUAACCAGGCCUACUCUGCUAAAUAUUCUGCUGCCAGAUCUACAGCUACAAGCAAGGCUUACGUGUGAAACUUAACAAGAGUUAAAGAGGGGACGUUUUGUAGUUGGACUGUGCGUAUGUGUCAGUUUUCUACCUUCUCCUGCCUUUUUGUUUGUGUGUAAUUGUGUGCUUUCAUCUGCUUUGCUACUUUGUACUCUAUUUCUUGUAAAUGACAAAACAAAAUGCUAAAAUAUGGUACUUCAUUAUGGUAAAAAGUGCCACUAACACAUGAAUUUACUGGCUAAUAUGUAUAUCAUGUACAUUUAACUGCUAAUGGGUAAAUAUCUGCAAAUAAGAAAAAACAGGGAAAUAUUUUACAGCUUUAGAAAUAAUUACAUUUUUGACUGCCUGUGCUCAAAAUAAAUGUUUAUUUUAUGUAUAAAAAACUGUGAGAAACAA